CCCUCCGCCCCCGCUCUAGGAGUGGCUGGGGACAUCCCCCUUCUGAGGAAGCCACAGGAUAAAUACUUCCUCCCCGAGCGGCUCCGGGCAGACAGCCCAGCCUGGCAGGAUGGACACAGCCCGUAGGCGCCCAGGUGUGAUGGGAGCUGUUCCCUGGCUCUCUCUAGUCCUCCUCUGCGGCUGCAGCCACUUCCAGAGCUCAGAUGCAGCUUCCGGCCUGCGCCCAGAAAUCAUCACGCCCCUGAAGCCUGUGAAAAGUCCCACUCUAGGGAAACGCUUCAGCGUCAGCUGCCAGGCUCAGAGCCCCUUCCCGAGGAUGACCCUCAUCUACUGGCUGGCAAACGGCUCCUUCGUGGAGCACCAGUACCCGGACGAGGCAGUGAGCGAAGGGGACGUCGUAACGGAGCCCAGGGGCACCAGGGUCCUCCUGACCCGAGAGCUGCUCUUCCGCUCCUUCUCCCGGCGGGACUGGAGCACCUCGUUCCUGUGCAUGGUGAGGAACCCAGCCGGGCUGGAAAAGGCCCUGGUCCACUGGGACCCUGAGCCACCAGCCCAGAUCUCCGAGCCGCGGCAGGAGACCAGGCAGGACGUCCAGCUCCCGGCAAGCACCCCCACCGUGGACAGGGCCGAGAGCACGGAGUGAGCGCGGGGACAGCAGUGCCGACCCGAGAGGCAGCGAUAUUGUACCCAUGGCUGCCAAGCUCCACUUCCCUGCAAAUCCCUGCCAGCCUCCCUCCCCAGCCCAGCUGCCCUCCCCAUUCUCCCUGCCCCCACAUGGAGCCCUGCAGGCCAGGGGCUGGAUACAGCCCCCCCCAAACACACUGCACUGGCGGGGGAGGCUCCCGCAGGACUUGCCCUCAGGCCAUGGCCUGGGAAAGCCCCUGUUUGCCCCCCACCCCCAUCCCUCUUCCACUGGCAGGAUCAUUCUCAGCCCUAGUGACCAAAGCCGCCCCCUGCUGCCAGCCCAGCCUACGACUGAAGAGCAGGUUCCCUUCACUAGCUGCCAGCAAUGCCCUGCCCGUUACAUGCCCAGGAGGGCAGCACCAGCUUGCGGCAGGGGCUGAGAGCCCAGCACCCUCUGGCUGCCAGCGCUCCUCCCACUUCGCACUGUUUGUGUUAAAUAAACACACAAUGCUCUGCA